UCGGCUACAGUUUUGUCAGGCUGAAAACUUCCUGAAUGAGACACAAAUCACAACAAGAGGGCAAACAACGGCAGCAUCUGUCUGUGUUUUCCUUUAUUGUUACUUCGCCGCUGUUUUAUCACCAGAAGAUUAGCUAGCGGUAAAGCUAACAGUUUAGCUAAGAAUGGAGCCGCUCACCUGCUCUAAGCUGCUAAUCUCAUGUUAGCUCGUUACCUACAGAGGUAACUUAUUGUUCUCCUUUUAUCCACCUCCUUGCCGUCGGUACACCGCCUUUCUUCUCCGCAUUUGCUGCUGUCUCACGGCAGGUCCUUGUCUGCUCCCAUUCUGUCAGGCUUCAUGAGUGAUUGACUGUGGAGAAGCUGGCAUCAGUGGACAAGCACACGCACAAAGGACCAUUGAUUGGUCAAGGAUGACCAUGGAAGACAUGAAGAAUGAAGCCGACAGCGCCUCAGUAGUCUCUAUGGCUCUCUACUCUGUGAUGUAUCCUGUCUUUAACCAGCUGGAGAAAGUCGAUCCAUCAGCAGCACAGACCUUGAGAGCGGCCUUUAUAAAGGCGGAGAAGGAGAAUCCGGGUCUGACCCAGGACAUUGUUAUGAAAAUACUGGAGAAGAAGAACUUAAAAAUCAAUUAUUGUGAGUCUCUGCUUCGCAUGGCUGCAGAUGAUGUGAAAGAGUUCAUGAUUGACAGGCGAGAGCCAGAGUUCCAGGAGCUGAACGAGAGGGCCCGAGCUCUGAAACACAUCCUCAGCACCGUACCAGAUGAGAUCAAUGACAGAGUAGGCUUGCUGCAGACCAUCAAAGACAUCGCCAGCGCUAUCAAGGAGCUGCUAGAUACAGUUAAUACUAUCUUCAGGAAAUACCAGUAUCGGAACAGACGGGCACUGGAACAGCAGAAGAAAGAGUUUGUGAAAUACUCCAAGAGCUUCAGCGACACUCUCAAAACCUACUUCAAAGAUGGAAAAGUGAUAAAUGUGUUUGUCAGCGCCAACCAGCUCACCCACCAAACCAACAUGAUACUGCAGGCCUUCAAGACUGUGGUGUAGCAGCCUGGGAAGACUCACACACUCGCACAUGUUUUGAUUGGAGAACAGCUGAUGCGAAUCUUUCUAAUUUCGAAAGACAUUUUAUUAUUUCGGGCUGUAUAAUUUAUAAUUCUGUGGCUUUGAGGGGAGAUCACGUAGUUUAAAUUUCAAAGCAAUCCAGGUUGACAGUAAUUACCAGGGAUUUUUAACUCCCUUUUAUGUUGUUCUUUUAUCAGAUUUUUAAGUCAAUAUUUCUUUGUUCUUUUCUGUAGGUCUGUCUCUGUUCAGGUCUGUGCAGGUCUAAAAAAAAAAGAAGUGUAGGAAAAUGCGAUUAUUUCCUAGGUCCUUGAAAGUUUUGCAGUAGUAACAAAAAGUUUUAUUUGUGGCAGUUAGUUAGUUAGUUAGCCACUGGGACUGCAGCUAAUGGUUCUUUUCAUUAUUGGUGAAUUUGCCAAAUAUUUUCAUUCAAUUGUUAGUUUGUUAAAUGUUCAAAAACAGCCACUACAGCUCCAAAUUUCUGAUUUUGUCUGAUCAACAGUCCAAAACCCUCCAAAUCUUCAGGGGUCAACAAAGUGAUGUAUUUGAAAAAUUGGAACGACAGACAAUUUUUAACCCGAUUAUUAAUAUAUUUUCUACUAUCAUGCAUGGUUGUCCACUUAAAGCUGACAUGUUCAAAUUGUGUCACAGAAUCAAGGUCUGAAAAAAAAAAACUUUCAGGAAUUAGAAAUGAUGGCUGUGUCUGCUGUCUUUAUCCUGCACUGCAUCAUAACCAGCCGUCUGAGGAGCAAUAACUCACCGGCUCCACUGUCUUUCUUUUGACAUCAGUUACAGAGAUUUAUGCCAAGUCCUAGCGUUACACCCUCAGCUAUAUAAAAGAACAUGACUCUUUAUGACAGUAGGUAAUGAAAGAAGUAAAAUCUUAAGUUUACGGGCUGAUACAGAAGUGAUUUGGGAUGAGUGUACGUAGUGGUUUUCACUGUAUGUCAGUAGUUUCUAACCUUUUCUUGAAAAUCAUAUCUACCUGUGAUGAGUCGGUGGUUGGAAAGCACUGCUGUAUAUACUAAAGGAACACAUGUCUUAAAACACUUUCAUUGUCAGCUGUUGGAUUUCGAAUGUUGACAGCAAAGCCAGAGAUUUCAAAGAAUUCAAGGCAGCAAAGUAGAAGUGAUUUAACUCCUAAUAUGUUUACACAAAUGUAUCUGAUUAUGAAUGUAUUACUUCUCUUUCUGUCUUCUGUUUAUCUUUGUCAUGCUUUGAUUGUAAUUUUUCCCCUACUUUACAUUUUCAGCCAAAUGUAAAUAAAAUAACAGGACCUGAAA